AUGAGUGGGGCAAACCAGUCGAGUGUCUCUGAGUUCCUCCUCCUGUGGCUCUCCAGGCAGCCCCAGCAGCAGCAGCAGCUCCUCUUCGGGCUCUUCCUGAGCAUGUACCUGGUCACAGUCCUGGGAAACCUGCUCAUCCUCCUGGCCAUCAGCACUGACUCCCGCCUGCACACCCCCAUGUACUUCUUCCUCAGCAACCUGUCCUUCGUGGAUGUCUGCUUCUCCUCCACUACUGUCCCCAAAUUGCUCAACAACCACAUCCUUGGGAUUCAGUCCAUCUCCUUCUCUGGGUGCCUCACACAGCUUUACUUUUUCGUUAUGUUUGCCAUCAUGGACAAUUUCCUCCUGGCUGUGAUGGCCUAUGAUCGCUUUGUUGCUGUGUGCCACCCCUUACACUACACAACAAAGAUGACCCAUCGGCUUUGUGCCCUGUGGGUCAGUGGACCUUGGGUCACUGCCAGUAUGCAUGCGUUGUUGCAUACCCUGAUGAUAUCUCAACUCUCAUUCUGUGCAGAUAACAUAAUCCUCCACUUCUUCUGUGAUGUGCCUCCUCUCCUGAAGCUCUCCUGCUCUGACACACACAUCAAUGAGAUGAUGAUUCUUACUGAGGGGUCCCUGAUAACGAUCACCCCAGUGGUUUGUAUCCUGGUUUCCUACAUUUGCAUCACCUAUGCUGUCCUGAGAAUCCCAUCCACACAGGGAAAAUGGAAAGCCUUCUCCACCUGUGGCUCCCACCUGGCUGUGGUUUCCCUCUUCUAUGGCACUGUCUUUGCUGUGUAUCUCAACCCUUCAUCCUCCCACUCAGCUGAGAAAGAAAUAGUAGGUACUGUGAUGUACACUGUGGUGACCCCCAUGCUGAACCCUUACAUCUACAGCCUGAGGAACAAGGACAUGAAAGGGGCUCUACGAAAACUGAUUGGCAGGAGGACAGGAUCUAUGUGA